AAACCUGGUAGCCAUACUAUUUUCCAUUUGUGUCUAGAUUUUUGAUUACUUAAGCGUUUUAUAGGAGUUAUUAAAGGAAAAAAAUUGUUAAAAAUGUCAUCAACGCAUGUUUUAACAUUAUCUGCAAUAGCAACCUUUUUUAAGGACAAUAUCGCCCAACUACAAAGAGGUGAAAACUCUUAUAGCAGUGGCAAUGUGAAAAAAAUGAUUUUCGAUCCUGCUGUUUCCCCUGCCCUACUUCGAGGUGAAGUUACAGCCAGUAUGAAGAAUAGAACUUAUAAUGUUGAGGUGAGUUUUGAAGUCAUAUCAAAAAGAUCGUUGUUAUUUUGCAUAAUCAUGUUAUUUUUCAGGUUUCCAUUGAUUACGAGGAUGGUAUAUUGGAUGCCACCUGCUCCUGCCCCAGGGGACAAGCAGUAUGCCAUCACAUGGCAGCUUUAUGUUUUCAUGCACACAACAACGUCAGUGUUACUGACAAAACCAGUGUGUGGAAUCAGCGCAAACCUACUGGCGAUGGAGAAAAAAUUGUGAGGAUUAGUGAUCUCUACAAACCAAAAUUUUCUAAUUAUCAGGCUUUUUCGAGACCAGCAUCAACCCAAGAAAUGGCAGAUUUUAGGAAUGAAUUAGGAUACUCUAAUCCAGUUGGAUUUACAUGGCUGUUUGUGUCUGAGCAAUCACAAUUGACAAGCAUAAUAAAGAAUAUUGAAGAUAUUUUAUAUUCACUAGAGUAUACACAGGCUACUGACAAAGAGACAUUUUUAAAAUCAAAAUGCUCAGUAGAUAUCGAUACUAUAAAUAAAGUUGAACAAAUAACUAGAGGACAGUCAAUUAAUGAAAAUUGGCUAGUUGCUAGAAAGUACAGAAUAACUAGUAGUAAAUUUGGCUCUAUACUGUCAGCCUGCAGGAGGAACAAAUUCUCAAAAUCUUUAUUUUCAAGCCUACUAGAAGGGUACGAGCUGGAUGGUAUACAAGCAAUAAAGUGGGGAAAAGAACAUGAAGUGACAGCAAUUGCUGUAUUUCAAAAAAUUACCGGAUUAUCAGUGGAUCCAGCCGGAUUUUGCAUGGACUAUUGUGGAUUUUUGGGUGCUAGUCCUGAUGGGUUUGUUAGCGAAAGAUGCUUAAUUGAAGUAAAGUGUCCCUUCAAACACAGAAAUGUUGGAAAAUUGAGACCAGUGUUAAAUGACAAAAACUACAUAGUUUACUUUGAAGAAAACUUGAUGAUAAUUAACGAGAAUCAUCACUAUUAUCACCAAAUACAAGGUGCGUUACAUAUUGCUGAAAAGGAUAUGUGCUAUUUAGUAAUAUGGGUACCAAGUGACUGUAUCAUUGUACGAAUUGGUAGGAGUGAACAAUGGACAAAAAAUUUAAAUAUUUUAAAAACAUUUUAUAUUUCAAAAUUCAUACCAUUUAUUUUAUCCUAAUAAAAUAUUAACA